UUCUAAGACAUUUCUAAGGGACAAUUGAUGGGACUUGCUGACACUAUUAUGGAUGAAAGAGCAGGAAAAGUAAAAAAAUGAUGAAUGGGAUGGAAUGCAAUUAUACCAUAUGAAAUGAUGAAAGGAAUGGUUUCAGGGAAUAUCUUAGAUAAACUUAGGCAGAGCAAAGUGAACAGAACCAGGAAAAUAAUUAACACAAUAAUGGAAGUUGUAAAGACAAUCAGCCGUGAAAGAACCAUGAUUGGAGGAGCAAUGACCCACCAGUCCCAAAGGACCAGUGAUGACGAUGGGAGCAAAGAUGCAGAAUGAGACCGCCAUUUUGAUUGAUGGCUAAUAUGGGAAUGUGUUGUGCUUGACUGUGAUUAUUUGUUACAUAAGCUUUACCUUCUUUUUUCCCCAAUGAUGGGUGUGAUAUGGAAGAGAGAAUAAAUGCUUGUUCACUGAAAACAUACUUACUGGCUCCUGACAUUUCCUAGCUGUGUGACCCUGGGCAAAUCGCUUAACACCAGUUACCUGGCCCUUGCCACUCUUCUUUCUUAGAAUUGAUACUUUGAAAAAAAGAAAGAAAGAAAACAUUACUUUCAAAAAGUCCAGGGGGAUGUUCAGAUUUAGAAUCUGUAUGAAGACCAUGGGGAUGGGGAUGAAGGAUUUGGGAGGGGUGCUGGUUUGUUGGUCUUCAUUGCUUCACUCUUGUUUCAUGUAGCCCCCAUCUAGUCACCAUGAAGCCACAGCAAGCCCCCCAAAGCUUCGUGCUGCUGCUGCUGCUCUGCACCCUGGAUGUUGCUUCCAGAUCAGGGGCCUCUUCUCCCAUCUCUGCCGCCUCCUUCCUUCAGGACCUCAUGCAUCGCUAUGGUGAAGCAGACACUCUGACCCUGCAGCAGUUGAAGGCUCUGCUCAACCACCUCGACGUGGGAGUGGGUCGGGACAACAUCACCCAGCCGGAGCUGGGACGGAGGAAUCUCUCCAGGUGUUUUAGCUCUGCAGACCUCUUUGCUGCCCAUAAUUUCAGUGAGCAGUCAAAGAUUGGCAGGCCCGAGUUGCAGGAAUUCUGUCCCACAAUCCUGCAGCAGCUGGACUCUCGAGCCUGCACCCUGGAGAACCAGGAGAAUGAGGAGAACGAACAGACAGAGGAGGGAAAGCCAAGGGCAAUAGAAGUGUGGGGAUACGGUCUCCUUUGUGUGACCGUCAUUUCCCUCUGCUCCCUGGUUGGGGCCAGCGUGGUGCCCUUCAUGAAGAAGACUUUUUACAAGAGGCUGCUGCUCUACUUCAUAGCUCUGGCGAUUGGAACCCUCUACUCCAAUGCCCUCUUCCAGCUCAUCCCUGAGGCUUUUGGAUUCAACCCUCUAGAAGAUUAUUAUGUCUCAAAAUCAGCAGUGGUAUUUGGGGGCUUUUACCUCUUCUUCUUCACAGAGAAGAUUCUGAAAAUGCUUCUCAAACAGAAAGACGAGCAUCACCAUGGGCAUAGCCACUAUGUCUCUGAGACUCUCCCUUCCAAGAAGGACCAGGAAGAGGGAGUGACUGAGAAGCUGCAGAAUGGAGAUUUGGAUCACAUGAUCCCACAGCAUCUGAAUAGUGACCUGGAGGGCAAGGCUCCAGUGAUGGACGAGAAGGUCAUCGUGGGCUCCCUGUCUGUCCAGGACUUACAGGCAUCCCAGAGUGCGUGUUACUGGAUAAAAGGUGUCCGCUACUCUGACAUUGGCACUUUGGCCUGGAUGAUCACCCUGAGUGACGGCCUCCACAACUUCAUUGAUGGCCUGGCCAUUGGCGCCUCAUUCACUGUGUCUGUUUUCCAAGGCAUUAGCACCUCGGUGGCCAUCCUCUGCGAAGAAUUUCCACAUGAAUUGGGAGAUUUCGUCAUUCUGUUAAAUGCUGGAAUGAGUAUCCAACAGGCUCUCUUCUUCAACUUCCUCUCUGCCUGCUGCUGCUACCUCGGUCUGGCCUUUGGGAUUUUGGCCGGCAGUCACUUUUCUGCCAACUGGAUCUUCGCUCUUGCCGGGGGAAUGUUCCUAUAUAUUGCCCUGGCUGAUAUGUUCCCAGAGAUGAAUGAAGUUUGCCGAGAAGAUGAAAGGAGCGGCAGCAUAUUAGUUCCCUUUAUCAUCCAGAACCUGGGCCUGCUCACAGGCUUCACCAUCAUGCUCGUUCUCACUAUGUACUCAGGGCAGAUUCAGAUUGGGUAAUGCCAUGCUGUGAGGAGUGGGGCUGGCAGAGGAACCCUGGGAUGCUCAGUCACCAGGUAGCACGGGUUUGAAGACAUCAUUUCAACAAAGCACAGCAGAAGAGGCCAGUUUCUGCCUCGGGCUGUUCUACAGACUGUAUCCCCCUCCUCUAAAUGUCAGCUCUCUCACCCAAAACCCUGUAUCCUAGACAUGAACUUCCCUAGUAACUGGUUGCUAGGUAGUGCCUCCCACCCCUCUGCCCUCUCUCUUUUCUCAGAGUGACUCUGGACAGUAAAAACAACACAGAACACACAUCCAACUUCUCCCCUUGGCGACUUUCUGGCAUUUCUCGGUCAACAAGCACUGCGGGCAGUGGUCCUGACAAAUUCCAGAACCUGUUUCCUUGCUGCUCCAGCACGUAUCCCAGACUCUCUCACCCAAAGGGAUAUCUCGUAGUUAUUCCUUGGGAUUAGGAGAUGCAUCUGGACCUCACCACGUCCCCUUGUGAGGAGAGUUCACCUCUCGCACGGAGAGAAGAUCCAUCUCAUCCCUUCAGAGUUUCUUUAGUUGCCUCAUGCUUCUCAAGGGAAUGGGCCGAGGAGGUUUUUAUGAGAGGGAGAAUGAAGGCAAAAAUGAGAAGAAAGACGAAACCACGUUUCUUCUGCGGCGAUGAUGGCCUCUCCUCGUGAAGGACUGGGGUGUAUCGAGCUCCCAGAGGCAUCCCCAACACGCCAUGACUUUUCCUCUCUUCCAGACUCCACAAUAGAUGUAACUAUUACUGCCUCAGCCUCCUCUUUCCUCCAGAGUAACACUGAGAGUGGAGGGAUGGGAUUCCUGCAGCUUCCAGGAGGAUCUUCUCACCUCUUUAGAAGCAUCUCCCAGGAGUAUUCAGGGUGCUCUUGUUAGAGAGAGGACGAUACAAAUCUUCUCCCCAAGUCACACCUUUUACCACAGGGACAAGUCGGGGUGGAGUGGGACAGGUAAAGGGAAGUGGGGCUGGUCAGGAUUCAGAAUGGGCCAAGGGCCAAGCAUGAGGCCAGAAGGUGCUGGUUUGAGCAGUGUAGAGUAAUGAUCACCCUGUGAAUUAGCUUCCAGUACCACUGCCUGUUGCGAUGCUUACCAAGAAAAACAAAAUUAAGAUGGCGGUGUGAUUGGGCCUUGGACUCCCAACUUUUUCAAGCUCGAUGUACCUGUUGAAGCUAGAGCCCAGCCCUAGGGAGUGUGAUGGUAUGGUCAGAACUUUGGCUUCAAGGGAUAGCUGUUCCCCAAGUUCACUAGGUGAAUUGAUUUAUUAUUAUCAUAUUGAUAAAGUCUAAUUUUUCAGCCACUUGGGCAGUGAAGACCCCUGGAAGUCAUUUAGGCAGUGCCUCACUGUUGUAACCCAGGGGCGGUCUUGGCUAAUACUCAUUUACUUAAUUGGUAAGGUUGGUAAUUCGAGCUAGCAUUGAGGUUUUUCCUUCUGUUCAUGUCUGAAAAUGAACAUGGGGCUGAUCUGUAAGAAAAGGUACUGCAGCACCCUCCAUCAGAUACUAAUUAAAACAGCAUUUUUUUUUUAAAUCCUCUGGGGAACUUCCUUCAUGCCACCAUCCUGCAGGGGAAAAAAAUGCCACCAAUAAGGGAACUGCUGGUAAUUCACUGCCAAGAGUUUUUCUCUUUGUCUUGCUUGUGGCCUGGGGUAGGCUGAAGUCGGGCUUAAAUAAGGAGAACUUUUGGCAUUCAAGGUUGUGGGAAGGGCAACUUACAUCAGCAUCAAGGUCCACUUGUACUAAAGAGCUGUUUCUUUGGAUUGGGAACCUCUCAUUUUCUUCUUUUAAAUCACCUUUUCCAUUUUUCUUUUCCCCAGAAAUGCUUUCAGGAGCUGGAGAAACCAAAUCUAUUCUAGAUCAUUCUCUGAUACAGGAGAACCAGCAGAAAGCCUUUAGUUUUCUUAACCCAUGUUUUCAUCAAAAUGUGUAAAAGCUCCUCUCUGAAAGAUUCUUUCUGCCUUUCUAAAAUAAUACUAGAUGGUUUGCCUUAGUAGAGAAUAUCAGUUUAGGGGCAAAGACUUCCUGGUGUAGGAGAGUUUUAAGUUAUUCAGUAGUAUAAUAAAAUUACUUGAAAUUGCUUAGAAAUCUGAAAUGUUAAAAAUAGGACAUUAUCUUCUUUCUUGCAUACAUAUUAACUUUUUUUUCU